AUGUUGAGAACCAGCAGCUUCACCAAAAUCUACCAAUUUACCAACACUGUUUCUACUGCUAGAUACCUAAGUAGUAAAAUCAAAGUUAAAACACCAUUAGUCGAAUUAGAUGGUGAUGAAAUGACAAGAAUCAUCUGGGAUAAGAUUAAGCACAAAUUAAUCUUACCAUACUUGGAUGUUGAUUUGAAAUACUACGAUUUAUCUAUCCAAUCACGUGACAAAACUAACGAUAAAAUCACUACUGAUGCAGCUAACGCAAUCAAGCAUUAUGGUGUGGGUGUUAAGUGUGCUACAAUUACUCCCGACGAAGCCCGUGUCAAGGAAUUCAAUUUAAAGAAAAUGUGGAAGUCUCCAAAUGGUACUAUUAGAAAUAUUUUGGGUGGUACUGUUUUCAGAGAACCAAUUGUUAUUCCAAGGAUCCCCAGGUUAAUCCCUGGCUGGGAAAAACCAAUCAUUAUUGGUAGACAUGCUCACGGUGAUCAAUAUAAGGCCACAGAUUUAGUGAUUCCCGGUCCAGGCCAAUUAGAAUUAGUUUAUAAGGAAGAGGCCACUGGCAAGGAAGUUAGAACGUUGGUUUAUGACUAUAAAGAUCCUAACGGUGGUGUUGCUUUGGCAAUGUACAAUACUGAUAGUAGUAUUAGAGGAUUUGCUCAUUCUUCUUUCCAAAUGGCAUUGGGUAAGAAAUUGAAUUUGUUUUUGGCCACCAAAAAUACAAUUCUAAAGAAAUAUGAUGGUAGCUUUAAAGAUAUUUUCCAAGAGAUUUAUGAUGCUGAAUACAAAAGCAAGUUCGAAAAAGCUGGUAUUUCGUACGAGCAUAGAUUGAUUGAUGAUAUGGUUGCUCAAAUGAUUAAAUCCAAAGGUGGAUUUGUCAUGGCUUUAAAGAACUAUGAUGGUGAUGUUCAAAGUGACAUUGUAGCACAAGGUUUUGGUUCUUUAGGUUUAAUGACCUCUAUUUUGGUUUGUCCCGAUGGGAAGACUUUUGAAAGUGAAGCUGCUCAUGGUACUGUUACUAGACAUUACAGAAGAUACCAAAAGGGCGAAGAGACUAGUACCAAUUCAAUUGCCUCUAUUUUUGCUUGGAGUAGAGGUUUGUUAAAAAGAGGUGAAUUGGACAAAACUUCAAAGGUUGUUGAGUUUUCUAAAAUCUUGGAAGCUGCUACAUUAAAUACUGUUCAAGAAGAUGGAAUUAUGACUAAAGAUUUAGCCAUUGCUUGUGGUAAACAUGAUAGAAAGAGUUAUGUUAACACUGAUGAAUUUUUAGAUGCAGUUGAAAAUAGAUUAAAGAAAGAUAUGGAUAAGUUUGAUUAG